AGGCGCGAGACUUUCCCACGCUCCCGGGUUCACGGUAAUGAGGGCGCGUCGACCCCGCCCCCGCCGGCAGACCCCGCCUCCUAGGAGGGCCGCCCGGCUCGGACCGCAUCGCCGCUGCGGAGGGGGCGUCGCUCGUCCCCCCCCCCCCAGGCGCUCCCAGAAGGCCGCGGCUCCGACGGAGAAGGGCGGCAGCCCGACCCUGCGCGCCCAGGAUGCCCUGGAUCCUGCUGGAACCUGAGGACAGCAACUGCAUGCAAGAAGGAGGCAGACUUGACAAUCCGUUGGUUGCUUCUUUGGGACAGAGAAAACAGGCGAGUUAUCAGGUCUUUCAAACAAGCUGGUUUAUUUGUUGUUUCUUGAGCUAUGGAAUUGUGCUGUAGUUUACUUGUAGUUAUUGUAGUUAUGCGGGUGGAUGCCCAACCGGGAGCCCUCCAGAGAGAUCAAGGGGGGAGGGGCAUCUGGGAGACUUCCGUGGUCUGAAAGCUACAGGUGGUCAAGGGGACAGGUGCUUCAGCCACGUAGCAACUUCAUCCUGCAGCCCAUGGACAAAAUGUUAGUCCUUUGUACUUCAGGACUCUGCAUUUUUAAAAGUUAACAGAAGCAGCAGAAAUCCAGCCAGGCAAGCAUUUCUGAGCGGAAAGUAAGGGAUGGUAGCCACCCCUGUUGAAUUUCUGCCUCACAAGCUUGUUUUAAAAGUGCAGGAGCUGUUUUGAAGGGAUGGGAAAGUGGCGCCAUGUCAGCAAGGACCUGUUGGCUUCUCUUACUCAGGAAUUGGGGCUGAUGUGUGGGCUCGGGUCUUUUCCUGAGGAGGGGGAAGAAUGGGGAAAUCAGGGUUGGGGAGCUCUCUACACCUGGUGAGCCCAAAGGCCAGCGGCUCUUUCUGUCCAUCAGCACCUCUCCUCCCGCCCUGGGCUGCAUCUGCCCAUUCCUUCUAGGCACUCCAAGGCGGAGCUGCCCCUCGGGAGACCAAGUGGGGACAAGCAACCCGCCCGCCCCUUUUCCUCUCGAUCCGCCCGAUCCUGCCUGGAAGCCCCGGGCUGGGAGAGGAGCCGUCGCAGGCAAAGACGGGCAGGGCAAUCCCUCGGUGCUCGCCCGAGCCCCGCGAGCCCUCCUCGCCCGGCUGCUGUAAUGCAAGCGAGGGCUGCGCUCGCCCGACCCCGGGAAGCCGCCGCCCACCUCGGGCCGUGCGCAGGGAAGGCGGGGCUCCGCCGGCCCUCCUUCGCCAUGCGGCGACCAAUCCGCUCCCGAGGGGGCGGGGCGGGGCGGGCUUCGGCCAUUGUUAUGCAAAUAGAACAGGGACGCCUAAAAAGCGCCCCCGCCGGCGGUUCGCUCAGUCCCCGGCCGACCCGCGGCGCCCGGCGCCCGUACCAGCCCGCGAUCCUUCGAGCCAGCCGACGAUCCCGGCCGCGGUGUGGACCUAGGAGCCCGGCGUUGCGAAGCAGGCCAGCCGGCCUCUCCGGGGCCCGCGCGCCUCGCCCAUGCGGGGCCGGGCGCGACGCCUGCCCCGUCGCCAGCCGGGCGCGCAGCCAUGAGCCAGGCGGAGUUGUCGGCCCCCCGCGCGGCGCCCAGCCAGCGCGUCUUCCAGGAGGCGGUGCGCAAGGGCAACACGGCCGAGCUGCACUCGCUGCUGCAGAACAUGAGCAGCUGCGAGUUCAACGUGAACUCCUUCGGCCCCGAGGGCCAGACGGCGCUGCACCAGUCGGUGAUCGACGGCAACCUGGAGCUGGUCAAGCUGCUGGUCAAGUUCGGCGCCGACAUCCGCCUGGCCAACCGCGACGGCUGGAGCGCCCUGCACAUCGCCGCCUUCGGGGGUCACCAGGACAUCGUCCUCUACCUGAUCACCAAGGCCAAGUACUCGGCCGCCGGCGGAGGAGGCGGCGCGGGGGGCGGCGGCGGCGGCCGCGGCUGAGCGCGCUCCGGGAACUCCGUGGCGGCGGCGCCCCGAAACCCCUCCGGUCCAGCCAGUUGUCGAGCGCAGCGGCGCCUCAGUCGCCCGAGUCCGCCUGAGGGACAGCCCUGCGCCGAUUCCCGGGAGAUGCGCGCUGUCGGCCGGCCGGCCGGCCCCGCCGUUCGGGCAGACGAGACGCGGGCGCUGGCCCGGACCUGCCCGCCCUUUGAGCCGCCGCGCUCCGUCCCGCCGCCGCCGCCGCCGCUCUGCCUCUCAUCUACCUCGGUUCUUCCACAGUGUUGGCUCCCCCGCUCGUUCGUUCCUUGGGGCCGAUCGGCCGAUGCCCACCGCAGCCCGGACCUGGUUCCCCGCCGCCAGCCGCAGCCGCCCCCCCCCCCAGGCAAGCCGCGGCCCGGCGGGGUCCUCUCCGCGGCUGAGGGUCGCCCUGCAGCUCUUGCUCUGGAGCAAGACGCUCGUAGCUUUUGUCUGGUGUCCAGACCGAAAUAGCCCCUCCUCGGCGCAGCCCUUCGUGCGGUCUUCUUAUCCACCCCACCAGAGGGCGGGAGAGCUUCCCCCCCGCUUUUUUCCUUUUUGGCAAAAAGAGUGAAUUUCGCCCGGGGAAAGGGAUGCUUUAGGAAGCGUCUCCGGAAGAUCGAAGGCGCCCCCUGCUGCUGAUGGAGGGAAAGCAAACUACUGAAAACCCGACCCUUUCGAAGGAGGCGAUUCCCACGCGGGGCUGGCUUCGGAAAGGAGAGGGGCGCCGUGCCCCGGAACUGAGCGCCCGCGUGCCUUCGAUGCUGCUCGUGAGUCUCUGCCUGGUGUGGUGCGCCCGGGCAACCCCGUGAAUGUCGAGGAAAUCACCCGCCUCUUUGGCCCCCUUUUCGUGUGCACUAGAGAGAGCGAGAGAGCGAGAGAUGAAUAAUCCCUUCCGCUGCCCCCUCGCCUGCGUCUCUUCUCCCCACCCCUCAAAUAGCCAUUAAACCUUUUAAAAUAUAGUUUUCCACUGUGUUUGGGCUGAGCGUUUAAGUAUUUAUCUUGUACGUGUGCAAGGAUGUGUGUGAACAUGAAUAAUUUGUGACUUGGGCGUUUUUUUUGAAGGGUUGUUUAUUUCGGUAGUUCAGAAAAUGCAGGGUUUCUUUUUGAGGGGUGGCUAUUACGCUAUUUCUUCCCUAAUUCCUGCAAUAAUUUCCCCUCCCCCCAUUGCACUGAGUUAUUUUGCUAUCUCCAGUUCCUCCAUGCACACCCCCCCCCCCCAAAAGUGGGAGCCUGUUUUGUGCAGCCUCCUCCUGCUUACAUUCUUCCUGGUUGAUUUGCAAAAGGAAUGGCAGUUGGGGCUCCACCAGCCCUGCUGGGGGCUUGCAGGGAGCCUGAGGAUCCUUGGUGGGGGAGAACCAGAUCCUUUUUUCAACUUUGAGGGGGAUGUUUUAGAGUUGCACAUGAUUUCUUUUUGUCUUAAAACAGAUUUGCCGCAAUAAAAUGUCAUAACAUUUAUGGCAUAAUUAUUAAAUAAGAAAAAAGUAGCUUGUGUUCAGAAAUCCAAGAUCAGAUUUCAGUUUUAAGAAAAGAUCUUGGUUAAAAGCCGGUUUUUCUAAAAAAAAAGACUCAUGUAAAGAUGUUAACACAUAUUUAUAUUUUUAUAUAUGAAAAGUAUACUUUUGGAGACUGUGAAACCUUUUUUUGGGGGGGUGAAAUGAAAUAUCCUCAAGGCUUGUUCUGCUCUGAUUCUGACAUUCCCACUCUGUCCUUCUUUUAAAGAACUAAUGGGAGAAACUCCCCCACCCCCCAGGUGUUUUUCCCUGCUAUGGGAACUCAGCCAGGAAUAUCUGCCUUUGAGGGAGAAAAGGGGGUUCAUUAUCUUAGUUAGCAAAUGAGCCAAUUGGCAUCGGGCAGGUUCUCCCCACAGGAAGGGCUCCGAAUCCUUGCUCUAAAGUGAGACCUACCCAGCUUGGUGGGACUUGCACUGCUGGGCUGACACAGGAGGGAAUAAAUUAGAUACUUUCUAUGCAACCCCAUAAAGUUAUUGAAUGUAGCCAUGCAUGCACCCCACUGAGACACAAAAGGGAUAAUGUUAUUUGGCUACUUGUGCUGCUGGAUCCUUUGUGCCAAAAUGGGAAGUGUCUCUUUGUUUGAGAUGCAUCAAUUUUGUGCUGAACCAUCUUUAAGUCUAAAUAUUUUUCUUGGGAAAAUGCAUUAACACUUGUGAAAAAACAGAUAUUGGAAGAAGCUGACCCCCCCCAGAUUACUUUAAUGAGCAGCCUUUUGCUAGACAAUGGUCGUUCCCCCCCUCCCGUUUCUAGACGGCAAAUAACUUUCUUAAUUAUGUUAAUUAUUUGUGCAGAAUUUUAGGCUUAUGUUGAAGCUCUAUGUGGGUAACUGUAUGAUCACUUUUUAACUGGAUGACGGAGACUGCAAGGCUGUAUUGGGGAGGGCUGCGUUUCUGAGUAUAUCAUAGCAUUGUGUAGUCCCAGGGUGAGAAAUUUAUAAGUAAUUUUUCCACUGAUCUUUUUAUAUAAAAAAAUGUUCCUAUG